AUGAACCUACCAACGAAGACGACGCCCGCCGAGAAGCUCACCAAUUUCCUCACUCGUGUUCCAGCACCCGAUGACGAUGAGGCAUUGCGACGGUGGCUCGAUCGUUUCAAUCAAGAACUGAUGCUGUACAAACACUCUACACGGAAGGAUGUGAGAGAUGACCACGUUUGGAAGAGCGUGGACAUCGCCCUAGCGAACAUCACGCACAGGAUCUCCGGAGAACUGCGAUUGUGGGUACUUGAGAACUUCCCGGAGCUGGCCCAUGAGGUCAGAAGCCAGGAAGACGAACUUGGGCUGAUAUACGCUGCCGCCUUCGACGAGCUCUCCGUCAAGCGCCUCACAAACGCCUCGAAGAGACGGGAUACAGAACGUCCUACCUCGCGAGAGGCGAGGCUUAGGCAAAUCGGCCAGACUAGGUCGGAGUCUGUGACGGAGGCCGCACCAAUGGAUUCUCAAGUGAAAGUGGAUGAGAUGCUGAAGGGGUCGGCCGUUCCAGAGGACUCUCCGACAAAGCGUCCAGAUGACGUGGAAAUCGUGUCCAUGGACGGCGGCGUCACAACGUGCGACGAGACCCCGGCGUCUCUUGACGUAGAGCGCAGCGGAUCCUGGAGGAAGGCAGAGGGGAUACAUACGCGCCCCGAGGAUAACGCCGCGCAGCAUCGAGGGGCAGUGAUCGUUCCCAUCCAUGAGCAUAACACGGCCCACUAUGACGAGGCUCUGGAGCGGCGCCGUUGCGCCACAAUCAACGAAGUCACAAACCUCCGUCGAAGGAUCGCAGAGCUGGAGGCGCAGGCCGACGUUGUCCGCGCGAUUAUGGCGCAAACGGGAGGGCCUUUCGACGCAGAUCUCAUGAACUACCUCCGGGACAAGCCUGUACCUGAGCAAGGGGCAGCGCUCCACAAGUGGACGGUAGACUACAAGGAUCUAUACGACUCGUACUUUGCACAUCGCGGGGAUCAUCCCAAUGAGCCGCAGCCGGAGGCUCUAGUAGACGCUGCCAAGGAGGCAAUGAGGCUGGUACAUGCACGGGCGACACCGGGCUUCAAGCUGUGGCUGACUGAGCAGUUCCAAACGCCCUCGGUGCUAGACACCCGCGCUGGCACGCCAAAAAGAGCGCCACCCCAGGAAGGCGACGGCAAGGCGGACGUCAACAGGCUCGGGCUCCCUGCGAUGCCAGUGAUCACGGUGCCAGAUGGGACACCUGCCAAGUUCGGCCCUCCUGGUAAGAAAGUACGACGCAACGCCCCUUCCGCGACUCCAGGUCGCCCCGGCCCCGCCGUAUCAACAAUGCAUACGAAGAGAAAGGCCAACGAGUUGGACGAAGGCCACACUGAAUCUUCAAAUGGCGCCGACCGCUCAUGCGGCAACUGUGUCGCAUUGCCCGCAGACACGGUCUGCCAUGUAGAACCAGGGGCGCCGGCGUGCCGCCAAUGCCUCGACCGGGGCCUCAAAUGCGACAGGACUGGUCACGUUCGACCAAGCGUAAACGUCGGCGACUCUGCUACGGGACCAAUCAAGAGGGUGCGAUUGGAACAGGAUGAGCCGCGGUCCCCAGGCCGUCAUAUAGACUUGCCGGUGAAGGAACCGACUGUCCCGUCAUCGACCAACGCUGCGGCUACCUCUGCAACAACAGAUGCGACCAAUGGGGGAGAGGAAACGCAGACGGGUAACGGGACCGCGGCUGGCAGCGUCCCAGCUCCACAAGAAGGGGUGGCACCGACGGAAGAAGACCAGUUACUUGCUAGCCCGGUCGAACGCAACGUUCCUGAACUCCGCCAUGUAGCAGGAGAGCAGGACAUGGAGAGUGCGGAUGUGGCCACGGAUCUCGACGGGGUGGAAGCGUUGAUUUCCACAGAGGUGAAGGCAGGCGCCUCGUCGGCCCCUAGGAUGUCCGUCGCCACGCAGACACAGAGUACGUCGCCCUCGUGCAUGUCGCCGGUUGGCAGUCGCGAAAUCGGAGGCGAGCGCGUGGACGUGUACAGCGCAAGGAGGCUGUACCUGGUGGCAGCCGAAGAACUCAGAUCCAUCGAGGCCCGUAUUCAGGUCCUGCAAAUGCAAGAAGAGAACAUGAAAAGGGCCCUCGCGACUAUGGAGCGGCAGUUCGCGACCCCGGGCCCGGCUGAAGACUCUGCGGGAGGCGCCUCUCCACCGGCUGCAGUUGGGCGCGUGGAGCGAGGGCCGAGCCGUCGCGUCGCGCAACGGUCCAAGCCGGAUCGCAACACAGAGUGGGACCAGGUGCCGCGGGGCCUUCUCGGCGUCAUGAUUGAGGUAGCUCCAACGUUGGAUGUUGGAAUGAUCGUCACCGUGCUGCGGUUAGGGUCUGCGAACCAGCCUUGUAUCAUGGUCAGCGACGACGAAUACGAGGAAGGACCUGAAGUCAACAUGCGUGCGCAGGGGACAACGACGGGGUUUGACUGGAAUGACGACAUGUCGUCCAUCGUCGAGGACGAUGAACGAGGACACUACGAGCCGCAAGAUAUUUGGCGCGACAACGAUAGCUUCGAUGACGACGCCCGCUCUUCGUCCACGAACCCGACGGAACCAAGGGCUGCACGUGUCAGCACCGAAGAGCAGGAAGAGAAUCACUCCCGCGACGAGCUUGACGAUUCGGAGGAGGUUGACGACGUCAGGUCGAAUCGGGGAGACGACGUGCUGGAAGACCCAGCUCUAUCCGCUGACACGUACGCGCCGACCAUCGGAAUCGAUGUCUCUCAGCUGGCGCGGAUAAUGCGGGACAAUGGGCGGGUGUGCGAUCAUUGCAGAGGGGCGCAAGACGACACGGCGCCGUGCUGCUUCAAGAACAAAAGCGAUGUCGCGUGCUGGAAUUGCGUCAGAAACCAGUGCGAAUGCAAGUUUCAAGGACUGCCACUGGUACCAAAGUUGCGAUAUUUUGAAGCACCCUUGGGUCACCCGGGCAGCUUCGCAGACCAUUCUGCUGGUGCUCGUACGAAGGCCGACAAUCCGCCCGUUCUCAUGGCCGACGGGACAGUCGCUGCAACAUCGCGCGAUCCUAUGUCUGGCAUGGAGACUGGGAUGCAACGCAUGAACUUCCGCGCAACAUCAUCAAAGCGCGCGCGGAGAAACUCACCAGUGUCUGCGGAACCUGUCAAGCGUCCGAGAUACGAACAUCCAGGUCCCGACCCACAUGACGGGGCACCCACAGUCCCGGGGUCUAGGGAAGUCAGCAAUGCGAAGCGAGCCUUUACGAAACCCGACAGACUCGCUGGUCUCCUUUCGACACGUCGAGCAUCGUCACGUUCCGACGAGCCCACCCCGGAGUCGACACUCCGCAUUCCGACGGACUAUGCUCAUAGCGACGAGGCGACAACGAUGGCACCAAGGAAGACGACCGCAACAACAGAACCGGCGACCGCACCGCCGCCUCCCCACGUUGCCCACCUUCGCAACGUAUUCAAGGCCAUCGAAUUGAAAGCAUUCGAGGACGGCUCGGAGAGAACCCAAUUAGAGGGCUUGCGGAUGCUGCGCGACGCAUUCAUCCAGUACGGUGCACGGGAAGAGCUCUAUGUCGGCGAAGACGGCUGGAAGACAAAGAGCGACAAGGAGAACGCUGCAAAGGUGGUUAAGGGGAUCUCGAAGAUGCUGGUCGGGAGCAACGUUCCCAUAAAACCAAAGGUUGCAGCCUGGAUCGCCGCCAAUUGGCCAAACCUGGUCACUCCCGCCAAUCCGCUGCCUGUGGGUCCCAGACGGUUUGAAUUCGACGAAACGGAUAUAGAUUCACUCAAGGAGCUCCUGGCUCAAUUGACCCAACGCGGCCUUGACGUGUUCAGGGAUGUUUAUGUGGCCCAUUCGAAGGAGGACCGUCCAGGAAAGGCGAGGAAACAAGCUUCAAAGGACGAGGUACAGCUGGUAGUCACUGGGAGAGUACAUCAGCCUGUCGAGGAUGUCAACAGGCGCUCUGUAGCUAAGAAGAAGGGCGUAUCCGCUGCGAAGGGGAAGACGGACCACAUUAAGGGCUCGAGAGAGGAAAAUGCGGAGCACGCGCGAGAGCGAUUGCGAGCGGGGGCUAAGUGUGACUACUGCAAGUCUGCAGUGAAUGUCGCGCGCCCGUGCGUCGUGCUGCAGGGUAAUGCCAAAUGCGAGGAGUGUAAGAAGAGGCGAAAGGGAUGCUUCUUCGAUGACCGUUCACUCAGCGGAUAUGUCAGCAAACUCAAAGAACAGACUGGCGGAGCGAGGGGGGGCGACAACGCCGACGUGGAGCACGUCGAGACCACGCCUGGCCCGUCCAGGGAUGAGCGCUCACAGUCCGCGGCGGGUACUGCUGGGCCAAAACGCGGUGUAAACUCGAAAGGGAAACAUCGGGCACACUUUGUGGACGGCCCAGGGGAAGCGUUGUCGGAUUCGGCGUCGGAAACGACUAAGGCUCCGAGUCGCCGGGUGCGUCAAGUGGAGGUGUACAUACCUCCCGUGAACAUCGACCGGGCGUCCUACCGGCCAGUAGAAGAACUGCCAUGGGAGUCGCAAUGGGAGGCGGGUUCGGAAGACGGUUCGGAUUCGUCUCGGUGUUCCAUUGAGAGCAGGUACACACCUUCGGAUGUUGCGCCGGAGGUCGAGAUGAACCAGGCGCACCGAGAGGAUGCUAACGAGUUGGUCGCCCUCCGAGAGCGAGUCGCGCAGCACCGAGAGGCCCUCGCCGCCGCAACAUCUCUGGUUGAAGCUAAGGAACGGUUCAAGGCGCACCUGGAGGAGAGGAUAGCAGGAGCAGAGGCUGACAGGGCUCAAGCGGCGGCACGACUCGAGGCCCUGAGCUCGAUGAGUAUUGGCGGGAUGGUCAAGGACAACUCAACUGCAACUUUCCUCAUACACUGCGCGCUCCCUAUGUCGCGGACUGCGAGCAGAGUUGAUGAUGACGAGGCGGUGUUAUCUUCCAUCGAGGUCUGGUUCUCAGUUGCGGAAAAGCAGGACCUCCGCGUCGCGUCGAUGGCGAUGCAGGUGGUCCAAACGCUCCAUGGGCUGAUGGUUAAGCAUGGGGAACGGCACAAUAAUGCGUCGGGGAUAAUGGCCGAGCCGACCUGGAUCACUCUUCGGCUGAACAAGUUGGCCCAGCUCGUGAAGACCGGUUCUUUCCAUGUGGACGGACGAAAGUGGGUCCAGAGCCAUUGGCCUGAGCUACUCGAGGGUGGCGAAAGCCGUUGGCCAGCUUGUCGAACCCGGAACGCGGCUGAUGCCGAUGCCGAGGUCGAUGACGAGAUGGAUGGAAAUCAGGAUGGCAGCGAGGACGGUGAAAAUGACGGGGGAUUCAUCGGUGACGGGCAGGACGAGUUGUCCGCCGAUGGAGGGGAGGAGGAGGCCAGCGAGGAGGACGAGACGAUGGUAGACGAGCAUGAGUCGCCCCCUCCAGCGUCGCAGCCGCGCACGACCAACCGGCCCGCAAAUCCUGCUCGAUCAGCCAAGGAGGGCAUCAAAAAGAAGGCCGAGCUUUAUCGCAAAGCCCUCAAGAAGUGCGACUACUGUCGCUCGGCGACGCGGGCUGUCAGGGAGUGCACCGUUGAGAAUGGAACACUCACCUGUAGCACGUGCAAGACGGCAGGGAAGGGUUGCUACUUUAACGGGUAUUCCCUGAACGGGACCCUAAGCAAGAAUAAACAGGGCGACCACGAGUCUGCGCUCGUGCAGCAGGACCGCCCUGUCGACAGAUCAUCGAGGCCACUACCGAGGGCGACGCGUUCGACCAGAACAGCUGCCGUGCCCAAAGCCGAGGCGGCUGAGACGACUGUGACGAAGGCUUCGUUGACUACGCCUGUAAAAGGUCUGCCCGCAAAGCAUGAACGCACGGACUCGAAAGAUGGCGCCCCCCUUAGGAAGCGGACCAAGAGAGAGAUAGUCCGGAACGUUGGCGACGGUGAUCGCAGGUCGCUCCGCUCGUUGACGUCCGCUUCUACCAACGUGUCCAAGGCAGGAGGCGGUGAACAGAUGCCACGCGUGCCAUCGGCAACGGACACCGAGUUGUCCGCGUUCGACAAUCUUACCUGCGAGGAUGUCGCGCCGUCUGACGUCCGUAUCGACGUUACCGCAUCCAAUGGAGAGACGAGGCCGACACAAGCUGACCAGAUAAAGCGCCUGAAGAAGCUCAUCGGAAUGUUCGAGGAGCAGCAGUCCGAUAUGAUCGAGGACAUGGCAAAGCUGCAGGCAGAUCACGACUGGCUGUCGGAGGAGAUCUCCUUUAACAGAACGCUGCUGAAGGACUUGCAGCAACCUUGCAAGCCUGAACCGGGACCGAGUCGCCUGGACCCUGAAGCUGGACCGAGUCGCCUCCCCGCGUCGGGAGUGGCAUCAGGUUCUCGUCGUCGGGCGGCUCGCGGUCGGGGCGGUUCGAACAAAUCUCGUGGUCGAUAA